CCAAGGGUGGGUGUUCUAGAACACCACAGCAGGAAGACUUCGCUCUCCGCAGCGACAUGGUGGAGAAACAACCUGGGAAGAAGGUUUGUGUAUAGACACUGCUCUCGGCUGCAGCCUGCCUUUGGCUGCACAUCUCCAGCCCCAGAACCGCAGGAUUUGUGCCACGUGUCAGUGGACCCUUCAGACCGCCAGACGCUUCACUGCACUUCUGUAUCCCGACUGCAAGCACUGCUGGGGAAUUUUACUCCAAAUGUGAGCAGGAAAAGAAGACGUAAAUCCAAACCACUGUGUUUUAUCGAGAGCUGUUAACACUGGAUUCUGGGGAUAAAGAUAAAGUUUCCCUAAACAAGACGCCAAAGCUGGACCGCAGUGAUGGAGCCAAGGAGGUGAGAGAGCGUGCAACCAAACGGAAGCUCCCCUUCACCGUGGGGGCCAAUGGCGAGCAGAAGGACUCUGACACAGAGAAGCAGGGUCCCGAGCGGAAGAGGAUCAAGAAGGAGCCUGUCACACGCAAGGCUGGGCUGCUGUUCGGCAUGGGGCUGUCUGGGAUCCGCGCCGGCUACCCCCUCUCUGAGCGCCAGCAGGUGGCGCUCCUCAUGCAGAUGACGGCAGAGGAGUCUGCAAACAGCCCAGUUGAUACGACGCCAAAGCACCCCUCCCAGUCCACGGUGUGUCAGAAGGGCACGCCCACCUCCGCCUCCAAGACCAAAGACAAAGUGAACAAGAGAAACGAGCGUGGGGAGACGCGCCUGCACCGCGCCGCCAUUCGGGGGGACGCCCGCCGCAUCAAGGAGCUCAUUGGCGAGGGGGCGGACGUCAACGUCAAGGACUUUGCCGGCUGGACAGCGCUGCACGAGGCGUGCAACCGUGGCUACUACGACGUUGCCAAGCAGCUGCUGGCCGCAGGUGCAGAGGUAAACACCAAGGGCCUGGAUGACGACACGCCCCUGCACGAUGCCGCCAACAACGGCCACUACAAGGUGGUGAAGCUGCUGCUGCGGUACGGAGGGAAUCCCCAGCAGAGCAACCGAAAGGGCGAGACCCCUCUGAAAGUGGCCAACUCCCCCACGAUGGUGAACCUGCUGCUGGGCAAAGGCACCUACACCUCCAGCGAGGAGAGCUCCACAGACAGCUCAGAAGAGGAGGAUGCCCCGUCCUUUGCGCCGUCCAGCUCGGUGGACGGCAACAACACGGACUCUGAGUUUGAGAAGGGCCUGAAGCACAAGGCCAAGAACCCUGAGCCCCAGAAGACGGCGACGCCCGUCAAGGACGAGUACGAGUUCGACGAGGACGAUGAGCAGGACAGGGUUCCCCCCGUGGACGACAAGCACUUGCUGAAAAAGGACUACAGGAAGGAGGCCAAGGCGAAUAGUUUCAUUUCCAUACCCAAGAUGGAAGUUAAAAGUUACACUAAAAAUAACACGAUCGCACCAAAGAAGGCAGCCCAUCGCAUCCUGUCGGACACGUCCGACGAGGAGGACGUGGGCCUCGCGGUGGGGCCGGGAGAGAAGCUGAGGCUCGCGGCACACACGGUGGUGCCUGCUAACAAAACACGGGAGUCUUCUAACUCCAAGCAGCAAAAAGAAAAGAAUAAAGUGAAAAAGAAGCGAAAGAAAGAAACAAAAGGCAAAGAAGUUCGGUUUGGGAAAAGGAGCGACAAGUUCUGCUCGUCAGAGUCGGAGAGCGAGUCUUCGGAGAGUGAGGAGGACGACGGGGACUCAGCGGGGAGCUCCGGCUGCCUCAAGGGGUCCCCGCUGGUGCUGAAAGACCCCUCGCUGCUCAGCUCGCUGUCUGCCUCCUCCGCCUCCUCCCACGGCAGCUCCGCAGCCCAGAAGCAUAACCCCAGCCACACAGACCAGCACGCCAAGCACUGGCGCACGGACAACUGGAAAACCAUUUCCUCUCCUGCCUGGUCCGAGGUGAGCUCCUUGUCAGACUCCACAAGGACGAGACUGACCAGCGAGUCUGACUGCUCCUCGGAGAGCUCGAGCGUGGAGUCGCUGAAGCCCGCGAGGAAGAAGCAGGAGCACAGGAAGCGCGGCGGCCUGCCCAGCGCACCUGACAGGAAGAGCGCCGUCCCCAGGCUGGACAAGGACGGCAAGGUCGUCAAGAAACACAAAACCAGGCACAGGCACAGGGACAGGGGGAAAGGGGCCUGCGCCGUCAGCCAGGAGCUGAAGCUGAGAAGCCUGGCUUACGAGUACGAGGACUCCAGGCCCAAGGCCGAGAAGGCGGGGCUCUUGGACAGCGAUGGCCCCGCAGACGGCAAACCCAGGGUGCUGAGGCACGAGCGAGACCACUUUAAGAAGGAAGAGAAACUUAGCAAAAUGAAGUCAGAAGAAAAAGAAUGGCUCUUUAAAGAUGAUAUAAUAAAGGUCUCCAAAGACGAGAAGUCGCUGAAGAGAGUGAGGGAGCUGAGCAGGUCCUUCCGAGAAGACAAGGAGCGGGCAAACAGAGUGGAGAAGGACAAGCCGGCCAAGGAGAAGUCCCCCAAAGAGGAGAAGCUCCGGCCGCACAAGGAGGAGAGGAAGAAAAAGGCGAAGGAGCGGCCCUCCAAGGCCGAGAAGAAGGAGGACAGGGCCUCGAAAGACAAGGAGAAGCCCAAGAGGGAGCGAGCCCCACGGGAAGACUGCGCCUUCGACGACUACUGCAGCAAGGGCCCUUUCCUGGAGAACGAAGACAGCAAGUUCAGCCUCUCCGACGACCAGCACGAGAGGUGGUUCUCGGACCUGUCCGACUCCACCUUCGACUUGAGGGGGGAGGACAGCUGGGACUCUCCGGGGACGGACUACAGGGACAUGAAGAGUGACCCCGUGGCCAAGCUCAUCCUGGAGCCCGUGAAGGACGACAGCAAGGAGAGGAAGCGGGACGCCAAGGCCCGCGAGAAGCCCCGCGACCUGAGGGACGCCUUCUUCCGGAAGAGAGACCGGGACUAUCUGGACAAGAACACCGAGAAGAGGAAAGAGCAGGCCGAGAAGCACAGAGGCCUCCCUGGCUACCUGCCGGAGAAAGACAAGAAGAGGAGGGAGCUCCCAGACGGGGCCCGGAAGCGGCCCGAGGAGGCGCACAGAGAGGACGGGAGGGAGCACGGCGUCGGUGACAGCGACUUCCCCCGGGGCCUGGAGCCCUGGGAGAGGCACCAUCCCGCCCGAGAGCGCGAGAAGAGAGAGGGCCCCGAGAAGGAGAGGAAGGAGAAGGCGAAGGCCGACAAGUACAAGGAGAAAUCCGGCGACAGGGACAGGGGCGACAGGUCGGCCCUGGACAAGGGUCCCAAGGACAAGGAGUUCGACAAGAGUGGCAAAGACAAGAAAGAGACCAAGGAGAAGCACAAAGACAUGCACGGCAAAGACAAGGAGAGGAAGGCGUCCCUGGAGCAGGGGCGGGAGCGGAAGGAGAGGCCGUUCCCCGGCUCGGCCCCCGAAGACCUGCCCGAGAGGAAGGGCAAGGAGAAGAGCUGGUACAUGGCCGACAUCUUCACGGACGAGAGCGAGGACGAGAAGGAGGGCCUUGGGGACGGGCUCCAGGACCGCGAGGACGGCCGGGAGCCGCACCCCCCAGACAGACACAGGAAGCCGCCCGCAGACAGGCCGCACGCCGAGAAGCCCAAAGACAAGGACCCCAGGGACAAGAGGAAGGACGGCGGCAAGGAGCGGAAGGAGAAGCCCCUGGAGAAGGGCAGGGAGAAGCGGGAGAAGGAGCCCGCGGACAGGGCCAGAGAGCGGCGCGAGCGGCCCACCAGCGACGCCGCCCCGGACAGGAGGAGCAAGCAGAAGCUGCCCGACAAGGCGGACAAGAGGCACUGCUCCGAAGACAAGGCCAAGAGCAAGCACCGGGAGAAGGCGGACAAGGAGCACGCCAGGGACAGGAAGUCGGCCCGGAGUGCGGACGCCGAGCGGAGCCUCCUGGAGAAGCUGGAGGAGGAGGCCCUGCACGAGUGCCGCGAGGACUGCGCCGACCGGAUGAGCGAGGCCUCGUCCGACAGCUUUGCCGAGCACGGGCAGGACCCCGGCCUGAGCGCCCUCCUGGAGCUGUCCUUCACGGAGCCGCCGGCUGACGACAAAGCCAAGGAGGCCGGCAGCCUGCCUGAGCGGCUGAGGGAGAAGGAGCGGCACAGGCACUCCUCGUCCUCGUCCAAGAAGAGCCACGACCGAGCCAAGAAGGAGAAGGCCGAGAGGAAGGAGCGCAGUGAGGACCGGCAGGGCUGCGGCCAGGGCGAGAAGGAGCUGCUGGGUGCCGACCCCUGUGGCCCUCCCUACGGCCUGGGAGCCGACGCGGAGGACGCGCCGGAGCGGACCGUGGACUUGCUCUCCGCCGAGAAGAAAGACAGAAACGACCCCGAGCGCGAGCCUGCCAGGAGGGCAGAGAAGGAGCUCAAGCCGUACGGGUCCAGCGCCCUCAGCAUCUUGAAGGAGAAGAAGAGGAGAGAGAGACACAGGGAGAAGUGGCGCGAGGAGAGGGACAAGCACAGGGACCGCCACGCCAGGGACAAGGACAACCCCCCGGGCGCCUUCAAGGACAAGGCCCGGGACGAGGGCCUGCGGCCGGGCGAGGCCCGAGUGAAGGAGAAGCAGGACCGGGGUGACGCGGGGAAGCUGGGCGCCGGGAGUGAGAAGCCGCCGGCCCUGCCGCCGCCCCCGCCGCCCCGGGACGUGGGCAGAAAGGAUGGCCGGCCACGCGAGAAGCUGCUGGGGGAUGGUGACCUCAUGAUGACGAGCUUCGAGCGGAUGCUGUCCCAGAAGGACCUGGAGGUGGAGGAGCGGCACAAAAGGCACAAGGAGCGCAUGAAGCAGAUGGAGAAGAUGCGGCACCGCUCGGGGGACCCCAGGCUCAAGGAGAAGGCCAAGGCAGCCGAUGAGGGGCGCAAGAAGGGCCUCGACCUCCCCCUGAAGAAGCCGCUGGGACCCGAGCCCCCCUGCAGAGACCGGAAGCUCAAGGAGGCAGCGCCCACUGCACCUGCCGCCGAGAGCAAGCUGCACGGGGGGCCGGGCACCGAACCCAAAGACUGGCUCACCGGGCCUCCUGUGAAGGAGGGCCUGCCCGCCUCCCCGAGGCCCGACCAGGGCCGGCCGACUGGGGUGCCGACGCCCACCUCAGUGGUGUCCUGCCCCAGCUACGAGGAGGUGAUGCACACGCCCAGGACCCCGUCCUGCUCUGCCGAGGACUACACUGACCUGGUGUUCGACUGCGCCGACUCCCAGCACUCGAUGGCCGUCUCCGCCACCUCCACAAAUGCCUGCUCCCCCUCGUUUUUUGACAGAUUCUCCGUAGCCUCGAGUGGGCUCCCGGAAAACCCGAGCCAGACUCCCACGAGGCCUCUCUCCACAAGCCUGUAUCGCUCUGUGUCUGUGGAUGUCAGGAGGACCCCCGAGGAGGAGUUCAGCGUCGGGGACAAGCUGUUCCGGCAGCAGAGCGUCCCCGCAGCCUCCAGCUACAACUCCCCAGUGCAGCACCUGCUGGAAGACAAGGGGCCCCUGCCGGCUGUCCCCACGGACAAGUUUGCCUGCCUGUCCCCGGGCUACUACUCCCCGGACUAUGGCCUCCCCUCGCCCAAGGCCGAGGCCCUGCACUGCCCUCCUGCAGCCGUGGUCAGUGUCACCCCCUCCCCUGAGGGCGUCUUCUCCAGUUUACAGGCCAAAUCCUCCCCUUCUCCCAGAGGCGAACUGCUGGCCCCUCCUAUCGAAGGGUCACUGGCUCCUGACCUGGGCCUUCCUCUGGACGCCACCGAGGACCAGCAAGCCACCGCCGCCAUCAUCCCCCCAGAGCCCAGCUACCUGGAGCCCCUGGACGAGGGCCCGUUCAGUGCCGUCAUCACUGAGGAGCCUGUCGAGUGGGCCCACCCUGCGGCUGAGCAGGCCCUGUCCUCCGAAAACCCCGUCAGCUGGCCUGUGGGCUCAGAACUGCUGCUGAAGUCUCCUCAGAGGUUCCCAGAGUCCCCGAGGCAUUUCUGCCCUGCAGAGCCCCUCCCCACUGCUGCCCCUGGACCCUUGGGUGCCUCCGAAACCUCGUACCCCGUCUCUCCUGUUUCCUACCCUUUGCCAGUUCCCGAGCCGGGGCUGGAGGAAGCCAAAGACCAUGGGGUGGAGACACUGCCGGUCGCUGUCGCCACAGCCGAGGAGGCCACGCCCUGUGCACCUCCCGCGAGGCUGGGGCCCUUCUUCAGCAACUGCACCUCACUUCCAGAAGCACCCCUGGCCGUGGACCCCGAGCCUCCGUGUAUGACCACCGUGGCUCCGGUGGAGCCUCUGGGAGCCUUGGAAAACAGUUUCCUGGACAGCAGCCAGAACCUGCCUGCCCUCGGCCAGGUGGAGCCGGUGACCUGGCCGGACGCCUUCCCCACCUCUGAGGACGACCUAGACCUAGGCCCCUUUUCGCUGCCAGAGCUUCCUCUGCAGGCCAAGGAUGUUCCCGAUGUCGAGGCCGAGCCUGUAGAAGCAGCUCUCGGUCCUCCAGAGAAGGUUCCUCCCGGGGCCCCUGUGGCCGCUGAUGGUGGGGACGCCCCCUCCUUGCCUGCCGAGGAGCAGCCGGCGCCGCCCCCGGACCAGCCCUGCAGCCGGCCGUCCAGCGAGCACGAGAGCUCCGAGGCGCCGAGGGUGGAGCUGCCUGCAGAAGACACGGUGGAAGCAGGGACUGUGGCAGACGAGAGGGGCCCCGAGGCAUCAGACUCUGGCUCGGCGCCUGCAGCUGCUGGACCACAACCCCUGGUGGGCAAGGACGAAGAGACCGAGGCCGCCGACCACUCUGCCGCCUCUCAGUGCGCACCUGAUGGCCCCACCGUGGACAGCUCGACGCAGAGCUCGACGCAGCCGAAGGCCAUGGACGGUGCUGGCCGGGACGAGGAAGAGGCCGUGCCUGCCCAUGCCCCGGCCCUGGCCGAGAACCCCCCAAGUGGCCUGCAGUCGGAGGCCACGGAGCCAGAGCCCAAGCCUCCAGCCGAAGCACCCCGAGUCCCCAAGGUGGAGGAGAUCCCCCAACGCAUGACCAGGAACCGAGCCCAGAUGCUGGCCAGUCAGAGCAAGCAGAGCACGCCCCCUGCUGAGAGGGAGGCCCCGCCCACCCCUGCCCCCAGGGCCAAGGCCCGGGGCUCAGAGGAGGAGGACGCCCAGUCCCAGCACCCCCGAAAGCGCCGCUUCCAGCGCUCCAGCCAGCAGCUGCAGCAGUUGCACACGUCCACGCAGCAGACGCGGGAGGUCAUCCAGCAGACGCUGGCCGCCAUUGUGGACGCCAUCAAGCUGGACGCCAUCGAGCCCUACCACAGCGACAGGUCCAACCCCUACUUUGAGUACCUUCAGAUCAGGAAGAAGAUCGAGGAGAAGCGUAAGAUCCUAUGCUUCAUCCCGCCCCAGGCGCCCCAGUGCUACGCCGAGUACGUCACCUACACUGGCUCCUACCUGCUGGACGGCAAGCCUCUCAGCAAACUCCACAUCCCUGUGAUUGCGCCCCCUCCCUCCCUGGCAGAGCCCCUGAAGGAGCUGUUCAAGCAGCAGGAGGCGGUGCGGGGGAAGCUGCGUCUGCAGCACAGCAUCGAGCGGGAGAAGCUGAUUGUGUCCUGUGAGCAGGAGAUCCUGCGGGUGCACUGCCGGGCCGCCAGGACCAUCGCCAACCAGGCAGUCCCGUUCAGCGCCUGCACCAUGCUGCUGGACUCGGAGGUCUACAACAUGCCUCUGGAGAGCCAGGGGGACGAGAACAAGUCGGUGCGGGACCGCUUCAACGCCCGCCAGUUCAUCUCCUGGCUGCAGGACGUGGAUGACAAGUACGACCGCAUGAAGACGUGCCUGCUCAUGCGGCAGCAGCACGAGGCCGCCGCCCUGAAUGCCGUGCAGAGGAUGGAGUGGCAGCUGAAGGUGCAGGAGCUGGACCCCGCCGGGCACAAGUCCCUGUGUGUGAACGAGGUGCCCUCCUUCUACGUGCCCAUGGUCGACGUCAAUGACGACUUCGUGCUGCUGCCGGCGUGACGCCCACAGGAGCUACGCGUGUGUGCCCAGUGCUGCUGACAAGCCCGGCAGGGGAGGGAGAGACCACCUCACCACGGCCUCUGCCCCGUCCAGACUGGCCCUGAGGCCAGCAGGCAGGCCCCAUCUCCUUCUACCAGCUAUGCGGGAGGAGGCGGCCUCGCCAGCCCAGGCAGGAGAUGGCGCCACGGCGCCCAUGGCAGACCGGGCUUCGGGCCCUGUCCCGCCGCUGCAGAGGCAAGAGGGGCAGAGUAGCGUGUCCUGGACUUCCUGUCCCGUUCUGAUCAGUUCAGUUGGACUGAGGGGUCCAGCUCUCCAGAGACCUCCAGGUUGGGGUGGGGGCAGGAUGGCACCACCAGGCCUCAGAGCAGGCUGAGGACGCUGGGACGCGGAGCCAGGACUCUCCCAUAGUGUUUUUAAUGGAGUCAAAUCCACGUGGUUUGUAUAUUUUUUUCCUUUAAUCUUGGGCAUUUUGUUUCUCUUUCUGAGAACAUAACUUGAAACACUACAGAGCCAAUAAUCAUAUAAAAAGUGUAUCCGUAACGCUGUACAGUUUUAUAUACAUUCACAAUGUACUUUUGCUGCCUUCUAGAUAAUUUAUUUUGCAACACAUCACUGCACAGUUGUAAAUAACUUAUGUAACAUCACUCAGUUACGUGUAAAGACAGAAAUAAAUUAAUUAAAAUGCUCUUUGUACAUCACGCUGCCCUC